AUGGCACCAGCAAAGACAGGCAAGGGCAAGAGCUCUGCGUCCAAGGAUGCGGCCAAACCCGAGGUGGCCAAGGCCAAGACGGCGAAGAAGGCUGUCCUGAAGGGCAACCACUCGCACACGCUGCGAAAGAUCAGAACCUCUGUCUCCUUCCAUCGACCCAAGACGCUGAGACUAGCCCGAAAGCCGACGUACCAGCGCAAGGCGGUGACGCACCUGCCGAGAAUGGAUCAGUACAGAUGCAUCAUCCACCCGCUCGCAACCGAGUCGGCCAUGAAGAAGAUUGAGGACCACAACACGCUCGUCUUCAUCGUCGACAUCAAGGCGAACAAGUACCAGAUCAAGGAUGCCGUCAAGAAGCUCUACCAGGUCGAUGCGCUGAAGAUCAACACCCUCAUCAGACCGGAUGGCAAGAAGAAGGCCUUUGUGCGGCUCAACCCAGAUGUCGACGCUCUCGAGGUCGCCAACAAGGUCGAUUGGCUUCAUCUGAGGAGUGGGAGGUAUCGCAUUGCUGGGCAUUGGUCUCGGCUGUAUUCUAGCAUGGCAGGAUCGAUGCAGAUCAUGUUUGCAGGACGGCCUUCCUCAGCAGAGAGAGAAAGCAGAUACAGAACAUGA